UGGUAAUGAACAAAACAUGCUUUAGUUUUACCCUCUCUACUUUUCUACUCUAUUUCUUAUUUUUACCCCACCUCCAACUACUAACCUAAUUCCAACCUAACCUGCCCUAAGCUACAAUUGUGAAUAUUGGAUAUUGAUCUCUAUACGCUUUAUCCUUUCUCUUUUAAUACUGUAUGUGAAUUAUAAGAGGAAUAUUUAUAAAAACGUAAUUCAAGUUUAUUGAAAUAAAAGUGUUGUUAUUUUUCACAAUGGAGACAUUUAUAAAUCCAUAAAUUAGUAGUUUACUUUACUCUGAGGUUAAGACAAAAUGAAUUUUUUCGAUUUCUAAGAGAAAAGAACGUGCAAAAGUUCGACUGUGCAUUAGAUUAGAUGAUAUAUAAAAGUAGAGGGAUUCUUCAUUAUCUCUUAUUAAACUGCUCCGAAUCUGUUACUCGUCGAAAAAUUGACAUAAGCCAGCAUGACUGCCCCGAUCAGCACCGCUAUGGAUAGCUUGAGCGCUGCUCUCAAGUCUAACAUUAUCCCCAAUCAGGAGUAUUUGCUGCAGGGAUCGGUGUUAGAUACCUCUGUGGAAGUACUGCUGCACAGACUUCGUGGUUUGUGCGAUAAUGUGGACCAUGGACCAGAGGGAUUCUACGACCACGAGAUGUGUUUCAGCAUUCGCAGAGGCUCUCCGCAGGAACAGCCGCUGCUGCUGCGAGUGCGACGUACCCUGGACCCAGGCUAUGCAGACAUGCCGUGGCAGCUGCGAUACAUCGGCCAGCCCGAACUAGGCGACAAAUCUCGACCCACGAUCGUUCGCAGCAGCAUCGACAUCGCUACAAGCAACACCGUAGUGGAGUUUCUAACCGAGCUAGGCUGCAAGCUGGACUUUGAGUACGUUACUCGUGGCUACAUGUUUCGCAAGGGCCGAAUGAAGAUCACUGUGUCGAAGAUCUUCAAGGUAAACCAGGGCAAGGUGCCAGAGGGCGUGCCGGAGAUGAUUUCACAGAGUUACUUGGUCGAGCUCAGCGUGUUGGCUCCCAGCGGACAGGACGCUAUAGCAGAAGACAUGAGGAUAUUCGCGGAACAACUGCGACCUUUAGUGCAAUUGGAAAAGAUAGAUUACAAAAGAUUGGUUCAUUAAUCAUGAGAUUUUCGUACGACAAAGAAUCAUUUCUAUAUAAACCAGUUUGUGUAAAUUUUAGUGUGUUAAAAAAUGGAAAUGUUUCAAAUCGCCAUAUAGUAAUUUGAAAAAAAAAGGCGGAAGAACUCUUUAGAACAUUGUUUUAAUUGUAAUCACAUUUUAAUAUUCAUCAUAAUAUAAGAUUUUGCUUUGCCUUUAAAUUCUUUACUUAGGUCAUGACGAUUUAUUAAAGGUUCUCUAUAUCCAUUCAUUAAGAGAUACGAUGUAAAAAAAUAUUUUUUUAUAAAAUGUGAGAAAUAGCCGGAGAAAGUAAUUACGAGAUUAUUUAUGUGUAUAUAUCUUGAAAAUUUAAUGGAAUAACUAAAUAAAAUUGAUAUUUAAUAAAGACAAUAAGCAGAUUAAUGCAAUGGUAAUUCAAAAAUUUGGAAAUUCUGCAAUUGUCAAACAGCUUGUUUUCACCCUUAAUUAUCUACCCUUAAUUAUCAAGCACUACCAAGGUAAAGAUGGCAUCAUUUCUUCAAUGGCGACAGCGCCAAGCGUCAAUAAAUUAAAAGGAGAAUAUAUGCAGUGAUGCCAGAGCACUAUUUUUCGACGUAUGCGCAAUAACAUAUAAUAUAUGAUGACAGUAGCGUAUUAUUCGAACAACUCGAUAUUAUUACAUCUCUCAUGGGAAUAGAAUAGAAAAUAUUAAAGGAUAUUGUACAAAAGUUUUAAUAAAACUGCGAUGUUCAUUAA